UUCUGUGGGGGGAAGUAAAGUGAAAGAAGAUGGCGAUGGCUCCCAUAAACACUCCAUGCAACAUGAAAGAAGUCAAUAGAGGAGCAUGGACAGCCGAGGAAGACAAAAGGCUGGCUCAAGCCAUUGAAAUUCAUGGUCCAAAAAGAUGGGAAUCAAUUGCAUCAAAAGCAGGACUUAAACGAUGUGGGAAGAGCUGCAGAUUGAGAUGGAUGAAUUAUCUGAGACCCAAUAUAAAGAGAGGAGACAUAUCAGACCAAGAAGAGGAUCUCAUACUAAGGCUUCAUAAACUUCUUGGAAAUAGGUGGUCCUUGAUUGCUGGAAGACUACCUGGCCGAACUGAUAACCAAAUCAAGAACUACUGGAAUUCUCAUUUGAGCAAGAAAAUAAGGCGAAACGAGAACCAAAACAAAGGCUCCAAAGUACAAGAAUCUGUUCUCGAGAAUUCGAAAGAAACUGAGAUGAUCUUCGUAUCGACGGGGCGCGAGGAUGGUACAUCAAAGAGAGAUGAUACGUUACUGGGGUUUUGCAGUGAGGAGCCUCUUGAUUGGGAGUGGAUGAGUGAGUUCUUUGAAAUGAACGAGAGCUGCUUCAACUUAGCAUGAUAUUGGAAUUUCGUUUACAUUCAUUCCAAGUUGUUGUAA